AAGAAUCAUCAGUCCCCAAGUGGAGAAGCUACUGAAAGGUCCUCUGUACGCCCUUGUCCUACCGAAGUUUUAGCACGAGGGAGAGAGAGGAGUGGAAGAAAGUAAGCAAGCAGAAAAUUAAACAAGUCAAUCAAGUAAGCAAGAUGCAGUUUGUCAGUGUUCUCCUCAUGGGGCUCCUCGCCGCCACCGCUGUCCUUGCUGGUCCAGGUUCAGCUCCAGCUCGCGCGGAGGGAGACGCUGAGGUGGUGGGGCGCGGGACUAAAAGUGAAGGAAGUGAAGGAAGUGAAGGUGGUAUCCGUACUGGAGACGGCGUGUAUGCUUACAUUCCUGGCCUUCGCGAUUUCGGCAGCCUGAGGAACUUCUUUAACAGAAUCUUCGGCCUGGGCAGACGUGACGAGACCCAGGGAACGAACGAAGGAGACAGCAGCGAGGGAGGAGCCAGCCACGGCGGGGAAAGUGACUCGUCCAACAGGGAGAGCGCACGAGGCCUCCUUGGCUUUGGCGAUCUGUUUGGCUUCAACUCCUUCAUCCCUGUGUUCCGAGCCAAGGAGUACAACGUGACCUACACCAACUCAUCCCUGGAAGUGGUCAAAUACGGCGGCGUGCCCAUGGUGGUGAACAGGACCAUUGAGGAGAGGAAGGCAGAGGACGGCUCGGUUUAUUUCAGCGUGGUCUCGACUCUGGUUGGGCCGUACAACUCCACGGAGGUCGACGAAACUGACGGAGGGUAUACUACUGAGGUCAGCCCCGCUACUGAGGACGACCUCGAGCUAGUGAAAGAGCAGCCUUCCACGAAACUGAAACACACCCUCACCAAACGCUGGAUCGUCUCAUGGCUGCGAAACAAGCUGGCGAAACGGGAAAACCGCGAAACGGAGACCUCGGAGAACGACCUGACUCCACACAACGACGGAAACACGAACACGCUGGAGAAGGAAAAGGAGGAGAAAGAGAGGGAGGAGGAGCGACCCACAGGUAACUCAAUCACCUACAUUGGCGACACUGAUGUAAACUUUAUCCCAUCCCCACUACGCGCCCUCAAUCCCGAUGCUGAAGUGUUCGAUCCUACGCUGUUCGAUCCUACGCUGAUGAGGGAAGCUGAUAACGAGUUCUUUGAGAGGCGAUUUGAGCAUUCUGAACCUCUUAGAAGCCAACCCAUGAGAUUUGAACCCCUUAACAGCCAACCUCUUCCUUCCCAGCCACUUAGAAUGCACCCACUUCGAUACCAUCCUAGUGGAAUCGAACACCUUUCUUCCCAACCUAGAAGAAUCCAACCCCUUUCUUCCCAGCCGCUCAGAACUCUCCCCCUUCAUUCCCACCCCAUAAGAUCGGAACCUAUUGUAAAUCAGCCCAUUAGGUCUCAACCCCUUAGAUAUCAACCUCUUGUGUAUAGGACUUUUAGGGAAGGAUAUAGAAGGGUAUAAUUUGUUUUUCUUUUCUUUUUUUCUUUUCUUCCUUUUCCUUCCUAGAAUAUCUUGAUCGUUCACUCCUGCGUCGGUUUGUGAAAAUUAAAGGAAAUGAGUGAAAAGAAAAAAAAUAUGAUUGUUUUCUGUCUGUUUCAUUAUUUUCUUUUUCUUCCGUUUCUUCCUUUUUUUUCUUUUUUUCUUUUGAUUUUACUUCGUCUUCCCCGUCGUUCGUUCGUUCGUUAGAGCAGCUUUUUAUUUAUCUAUUUUUAUAUAGUUUUUUUUAUAAAUUACUAUUAUUAUUAUUAUUACAUUUAUUACCUAUUGCCUUAAGUGUGUGUGUGUGUGUGUGUUUGCAAGUCAUAAAAAUCACUCGUACAUGAAAUAUUAUUUUUUUAGCUACAAACAACUCAUAAUAGACUCAUAAUAGACUUCUGCCAAAAGUGUCAACAAACAGUGUCAGCCAAAUCGGUGUUACAAAUGCCAAAUCAAUGCGAAAAAUAGCUAAAAUGUUUAAAAGUUCCUUCAAAUGUCUGUAAAAGUCUCACGAUUGUCUUAUAAUGCCAAAACUUCUGCUAAACCAAUGUCAAAAUGUCUCCUAAUGCCUCGAAUGUCUUGGCUUCAAAAAUUCUGCCUAACUCAAAAAAUGUCUGAUAAUGUCAAAUCUCAAGUGCCAAACUGGUGUCAAAUCUUUCACAGUGCCAAAAUAUAUGUGCCAAAGACUACUUUUACUCGUAUGUUUAAAAUUUUGUAUGUGGAUGUGAAUUUGUUAGUGCGUUAAAAUUUCUGUACGUGGGUUAAGAAUUUGUAUACGUGGAAUUUGACAAGUGUUACGAUUCCGUGUAAACCAUCAGCAUUAUUUUUAUACUUUUAUGAAUAAGUAAAUGUGUUUUGUAAGGAA